AUGCCAGACAAGGAGAUAGAUAUAGCAGAUUAUAGGCGCGGCGGCGCCGCUCGCGACAUGUGCGACCAGAAGCACGAGCCCGCGGCCGAGCCCGCCGUCGUGCUCGCAGAGCCCCCCACCCUCGACCGCCACCGCCUCGAGUUGGUGCAGCGGCUCGCCGCGCGCCUGCAGCAGCAGGGCGGCGCCGGCGGCGCGGGCGACAGCGGUGGCGCGCCGGUGGCCAUCGUGGCGGUGUCCGGCUGGGACAGCUGCUGGCACGCUGAGUCGUCCGCGUUCCUGGACUGGCUCUGCGGCGGCGCGGCGCCCGCGGACACUCUCGCGGUCGUCACCGCCGCCGCCGCCGCCGUGCUCUGCCCGGCCCCCGCCCCCGCGCGGGCCGCCAAUGGCGCCGGCGGCUACACCGCGGCGCGGCCGCGGCAGCGGCGCGGCAGCAGGGGCGAUCCAACGGCAGACUGCCAAGACCUAUCAGAAGAGGCGGCCCUCGCGGCACUGGCCGCCGAUCCGAAAGUUUCCGCCUUCCGGCGCCUGCUCGCCGCCGCAGGCGCCGGCGCAGCGCCCCGGCUCGCCGCGCCGCUCGGCUGGGAGGUCGCCGGCGGCGCCCUCCGGCGCGCGGGCACCUGCGACGUCGCCGACGGCGGCGACUGCGGCGGCGGCGGGCCGCUGGCGCGGUGGCCGUUGGUGCAGGCGGUGGAGGCGUUGGAAGGGGACGCGCUGCCGGGGCGGUUCGAGGAGGUGCUAGAUGUGUCUUAUGAGCUACGCGCCCUGAUGGGCCGCGCCGACGCGCGCGCGGCGCGCGCGCUGCUUUCCGAGCGCGCCCCCGCGCUGCGGCGCGCGUGGGGGGAGGUGCAGGGGCUCAUCGGCCGCACGUCGCCGGUGGCGCGGGGGGUGGAGCUGUCGGAGGAGCAGCGGCGAGUCGCGAGCACCGCCCCAAAAACAUGA